CAAUCAAUUUCUACUUCAUUCAACAACAACAACAACAAAAAAGAAAACCCAACAUUUCUUUUUUCAUUGAAACCAAACAAGAAGAAAGAAAAAGUAUAUUUUUUUCCGAGGAUGAUUUCUUCCUGGAGAAAGAGAAGAGCUGGUAAGCGUGCGGGGAAAGAGCAGGCAAGGAAUGAAAAUGGUGAAAUGGAGCUUUCGAUUCCUAGAGAUUUCAGGUGUCCGAUAUCGUUGGACUUGAUGAAAGACCCCGUCACGUUAUCUUCAGGUAUAACGUAUGAUCGACCCAACAUCGAGAAAUGGAUCGAAGCCGGGAAUUUCACUUGUCCUCUUACCAAUCGAGUGUUAAGGAGUCUCGAACCCAUCCCCAACCACAUCAUAAGGAAAAAAAUCCAAGAUUGGUGCGUCGAGAAUCGAUCCCACGGGAUCGAAAGAAUCCCCACGCCUCGUGUUCCUGUUAGUUCCAUGGAGGUUUCAGAGAUUCUUUCGAAAAUCGACGUCGCUUGUAAGAAGCAAGAUGGGUCACGGUGCCUAGAUUUGGUGGCGAAGGUCAAGUCAUUGGCCAAAGAGAGUGAACGUAACAAGCGGUGCAUUGUGAGUAAUGGGACAGGCAAUGUUUUAUCGGAAGCGUUCGCGGCGUUUUCCAUGGCGGCUUUCGACGAAAACGUCUCGGUCUUGGAGGAGAUAUUAUCGGCUCUUGUAAUAAUGUUCCCUCUCGAUGGUGAGGCCAAGGGUUUCUUAGGAUCAGCUUCAGCCAUGCAUUGUUUGAUAAGGUUUUUAAGCAGCGGAGACUUGUCUAGGAGACGAAAUGCAGUUUUGGCCUUGAAGGAGCUCGUUUCAUCAAUGGAAGAUCAAAGAAAAAUACUGAAUCAGUUAUCAGAGAUGGAAGGCGCCAUUGAAGCAUUAUUGAAGCUUAUCAAAAGCCCAAUUUGCUCAGCAUCAACAAAAGCAUCGUUAACCAUCAUUUACCAUAUGAUCACAUCCUAUGGUAACGAAAAACAAGUGGGUAAUAAACUUGUAAACCUAGGCAUAGUCCCAUUGCUGCUAGAAAUGCUCGUGGACGCCGAAAGGGGAAUGUGCGAGAAAGCCUUGGGUGUCCUAGAUGGAAUCUUCGACACCGAACAAGGCAGAGAAAUGGCCUGCAAGAAUGCCUUGACGAUGCCGGUUUUGGUCAAGAAAAUCCUCAGGGUUUCAACCAUGGCCACCGAGUUUUCUGUCUCCAUUUUAUGGAAGCUUUGCAAGAACGAGAAAAAGGAAGAUGGUGGAGUCCUUAUUGAAGCACUCCAAGUGGGGGCUUUUCAAAAGCUGUUGCUGCUAUUACAGCUUGGUUGUGUGGAGAAGACAAAGGACAGAGUUUCAGACUUGUUGAAAAUGUUAAACCCUUACAGGAGCAAAAUAGAAUGUGUUGAUCCCAUAGACCAUUUCAAGGGUCUCAAAAGGCCUUUUUAGGGAAAAAAAAGUUUUGGUUAUAAUUUUACAGAUUACAAUUCAAUGUACAAAAGACAUAGAUUGAAGUACAUAGUUCCCAUUAUUCUUUUCUUUUUCAUCCUGUUUCUUUGCUGAAGCAAACUGGUCAAUACAAGGCCUAUAGAAAAGUGUUCAAAGUGGGUUUGCCA